GUCUAGUUAUUUGCUACGGAACCCUAAAUUGCAAGGUAACGUAAUCUCUCAAUACUAAUGUUAUCUCAUUUACAUGACUUGUAGUGGACAAGACCUUGUAUUGAGUAUGUGCAAAUCUGAAAUGUAGUUAAACAACUGAUAGUACAGAGCAUACAUAUUGACAACUAGUACACCAAUUGACGUUACAAACAUUUUAGAGUUCUAUCUUAUUUUUGGUCCUUGAUUCUUUACAUUGGACCCAUUCGUGAAAAGGACUCGAGAAAUUACAAUUACAGUUGGGUGAGCCUGAAGACUGACCUAUAAAAUGGAUGUCACAUAUAUGAAGGCAGUGCGUUUGAUCCAGCCAGGUGGGCUAUUAAAAUUAGAAACAAUACCGAAACCAACAGUACAAUCGCCGUACGAUGUCAUCGUGAAGGUAUCGAACUGCGGCGUCUGUGGGUCAGAUCUUCAUUUCGUUGCCGGGAAUCAGGAGUCGUCUGCCGUGACUGUCACUCUUGGUCAUGAAUUUUCAGGGAUUGUUCACGAGACCGGGAGUGAUGUCAUUAAUGUCAAGGUGGGGGAUCGUGUUGGAGUGAACCCUAAUGGCGGAUGUAAGAGAUGUGACUUUUGCCUGAGAGGUAGAGAGAAUAUGUGUGAUACUGGUGGCUGUCGUUCCUCUGUGGGAGUAUUUAGGGAUGGUGGCUUCGCGGAGUACAGUCGUAUUCCAUGUGAUUAUGUGUUCUGCCUGGCAGACGAGACCCCUUUGGAAGUUGGUGUGUUGUGCGAACCUUUGUCGUGUAUUAUGAGAGGUGCUGACCAUUUUGGAGCCAUACAGGAUGACGCAAGGAUCUUAGUUCAGGGCUGUGGCAUCACUGGGCUGUUAUUUAUCACUCUUUUCCACCACCGUGGCUUCAGAAAUAUAUCUGCGUGCGAGGUGUCUGCGACUCGUCGUAAGGUUGUCGAGGACCUUGACCUCGGUAUCAAGGUAUACACUCCCGAUGAACUCCUAGCUGAGUACCCGGAAAAAGAGUCCGCGAUCAGGGGUUUCGAUAUAGUCGCUGACUGCACCGGAGCACCUAGAGCAAUUGAGGCCGGGUAUAAAAUAUUAAGACGAGCAGGCAAGAUGUGUAUCUUUGGCGUGUGCCCCCCUGAUGCGACUAUAAAUAUCAAACCGGUGGACUUUAUGACGAAAGAACUAAGUCUGCUAGGAUGCAAUAUCAACAAUUACACAUAUCCCAAAGCUGUUGCCUGUGCUCACAAUAUGGGCGACAAAUACCUGAGCUUUGAGAAACUGGGUGUAAAACGCUUCAAACUUGAGGACUUUCAGGACGCGUUUGAUGAACUUAAAGCAGGUACUAUUGCCAAGGCUGUUUUCUCUAUUAGUCAAUAGAUGAGAGUAUUGACGUCGGCGUGCAAGUGGUUUAUUUACCUCAUACACAACUUUUACUGUAAACCGAUUUGAUUGGAACUGCAGAUUUACAAAGUUGUGAAAUUAUUUAAUUGAGCACAACAGCUAUUCAUCAUAAUAAUGUGGAUAAAAUUCAGCAAAUUAAUUGUAUUUGCUAUUAAAAUGUAGAUUUGCCUGAAUCAGUGACAUGGAAUAAUAUCGAUACCAAUGACGAUGAGUGGAUACAACAUCUUAUCCUAUGCCAAGUAGAGUUUUAGGGAGAUAAGUUGGUAAGAUAUAUCCCGUAUCCUGAUUUUGAGGUUUUCAUAUCCAGAACCUCCAUAUCUCCCGCCAUAUCUCCCGCUUCGGUGCAUAUCUUCCCGCUUCCGGUAAUGCAAUAAAAUGACUUUGCAUAUGAAUGAUUUGUUUAUUUUUACACCUUGUGCAAUUGAAAUGGCCAUAUGCCCCUGAAAAACUCUCUCUACUUGGUAUAGGAUAAAGCAGUUAUGUACGGUCGGUUUGGAUAUUGGAUUCAUCCCUCGUGAGAUAUGCACAUCUACCUUCGGUCCCUCAGGUAGAUAUGCAUAUCUCCCUCUGGAUAAACCCCAUAUCCAAAACCUCCCAGUACAUAACCCUUAUAUAUCAAAAGUGAAAAAAUAUAUGUAAUAGGUUUAGUUUAUACCAUAGAGAUUAGCAAGUAGCAAUAAACCAUUAACACUUAUAGAUACUGUAUAAGCUUAUAGAUUCAAAAUUUUAUUAUGAUUCAAACCAAUCAUUUGGUUUUCUCACAAAACCAAUUACAAGACAUUUAAUAAUACAAUUAUAUAGUACAAUGCAUUGCUUAACAAACAUUUGAACUCAAUAUGACUAUCAUACAAUCCAGUUUUUUCCUUUUUCAAAUAGCUCCCGAGGUUGAUUGAAAGGUUUGCUUAUAAAAUGUAUCUAUUUGUUUACAAUUUCAUAAUUGGAAGUCAUUUAAAAACACUUAUAUUUUUCUUCAUCUGACAUAUUACCAAAAGUUUCAAUAAAACUUAGUUUAUCAAAAAAGUG